UGAGUGCUCAUGAGCUGCCUCCCACACACAUUAGCCUCUUAGCAUGUUAGCUAGAGCUGGCAGGCUGACUAAUCACCAGGUCUUAAGCCCUGUAUUGGACUAACGCACCACAACGAGAGGAUAACAGACCUCUGCAGCUCUCCACCUGACCACAGGCUGCCUCCCUCUCCGCGUCUGCCCUGUUACCUCAGCAGCCAUUUCACAGGAGUGAGCAGAGGUAAUCAGACACCUGUGGUGUCGGUCUCUGCAGGUCUCCUCCCAGGAAGGGAGGAACCUGAAGGGAGGCGUCCCCAGACUGGGUAGACCAGAAAGACACUUUUCUGUUUUUUUUUUUCUCCAACCUGCGGGAUAUUUUUUCUCACACAGAGGCACACAGGACUUUCCUGUAUGCUGGGACACAAGUUAGAGAAACUACAGGAACAGUUUGGUCAUGGAUUCCACAGUGUAUACCAGCAAAUAGAAGGGACUUGCAACUUAAUGGAUAACACCGCUCAACUUGCCGGAACAGUUGGGAACAGUUCUGUGGAAGGCAGGUGAACUCUGCUCCCCUGUUCUCCCAGGAAGCUUACAGCAGGACAUGCUUCCCGCCGGUGAACAGCUCGAUUUCAUUUGCAGCGUCAUGGGAAUCCUGCUCACACUGACGAGACCGAACUGUACUAAUGACAACGUGCUGUACUGUCAGUAGUACCGUGAUCUAAUGAGUCUACUAUAUGCAACCUGUUUGCUUGUCACCAAAGGGGAAUACAGGGUAGUGUUGUUGAAUUUGGUGUGCUCCUGGAGAAGGUAAGGGGAGCUGGGGAGAUUUGUCUGUACAAAGGCCUUUUGUUCCCAGUCAGUGGCAGAAGUGGAAUAGGAGCAGCUUGGAUAACUGGAGGUGGGGGAGAUGUUCCUUUUGUGACAUUUUCAUUGGACACUUUACCGGAGCUGCUACCUGUUUCGGUUUGCCUCGCUUCACUUUCAGAUUGAACAAAAAUGGACAGUGCAAGUAAGAACUCGGGGCCUGCGGAGCAGCCCACUGGUUCCCUCCUGAAUGCCUUAAGCUUUGGUUUCUUUCGCCGAGAUCAAUCUGCCUCUUCUGAUAUACCAUCAGCCAGGCUGACGUCUUUCAAGGAGUUGCCAGAUGGGGAGAAUCCUCUUCCUGCAGAUGAGAAUAGUGAGCUCCAAGAUAUCCAUCAGGAUGAUGGUACUGCUUCCUGUGAUACACGGCAGAGGGCUGAAUCAUCAGAAAGCUACAAGGAGUCUUCCGACCAGGUUAAAACGGCAACUGGAGCCUCAGUUGACCCUGAUCUGGUCCAGGUCACCAGAGUUGAAACAUACAGUGACACAGAAAAUGAGGACGAGAGCACAACCGGCAGCAGCUCUAGACUGUUAGAGACGAUUGCCAGGGCCAGGAAAAAUACCCUACCUGCUCAGGACAAUAACAAAGUGGACUAUGGUGAUGGAUAUGAGCUUAAAGAGUCCGGUGAGGCAGAUGAAGAGUAUCAAAUUCCUUCGUUUAGAACUCACAACGUUAGGGAGAGGUCCUUAGUAGAAUCCAUUUUAUUUAAGACCAGCAGGUUCAGCGGCAAAUCGGGCUCAAAAACAGCCGAACAGGGUGAUGACUGUAGUCUCAAGGAGAGCCCAUCAACCAUGCAUGCGGAUGUAGAAAAAUCCAGUGCUAGAAAGAUUAGUGACGACAAUGUGAGGGCAGAUGAGAGCGACGAGUAUACUGCGGUAGACUGUUCUCUGCCUGUUCCUUCCAUCAUCUCUGGGCAUCUGACUUUGGAGGAUGCUGGCUGUAAUUCCACCAUGGCCUCUCCAUUAAGGCAGAUGGAGGACUUGGAUCAUAUACAAAAGGAGGAACCAGAUGAAUCUCAUUACAGACUGGUGUCCUCUACUGUUCCCCUCAGCCCGGAAACCCCAGAGGAGCAGUCAGACUCUACAGGUGUCACAAAUCAAACCACGGUUCUGCCAUCUACACCUAAAGAGUCACCCGUUGACUUUCAGCCAAGUGCCACAACCUCUCCAAACACGCCGCCGCCAGCUUCAUCCAUUACCCGCUCCCCUAACUCUUCCACUUCGUCCCCAUCCAAGGGCACGUCGCUCUCUCCGUCCCCUUCCUUCCAGAUGCCGGCUCUCUUCAGUGGGCUGCGGGUGCUGAAGAAAGGAGCAGUUGGGGAAGAAAGGGAGACGAUGUCCGAGAUCAAGCAGAGGGAGAAGGAUGCUGACCUGGCCCUGCUCAACCUGAAGAAGUCGGUAAACAAGGCCAAGCUCUACCCUGAGCAGAAGACGGUCUCUCCGACCAAGAAACUCCCAGAUGCUAAACCCGCCACAGGAACUAAAAGCCUUGUGAUGGGACAGCUGAGUCACCUGCUCGGCCGAGACAGCCAAGAUGAGACCAAGAAGUCUGACAGUCGGGAUGAUGAUGAUGAUCCAAACACGAAAAAAGACACUAAAAAGUCUGAGGAGGGAAAGGAUGUGGAUCCGAAAGGCAACAAAGAGUCAGAGACCGGAGAAGAGGUUGUGGGUGAGAAACCUGCAGGCGCAGAAGCCCCAGCAUCCACGCCGGAGAAAAAGAAAACCUCAGACCUGGCUUAUGAAACUUUCAGGAACAUCUUUGGCCCCAAAGCUGUCAAAAAGGAAAAAAUGGAAGAUGUGGAUCUGGAAGCGGUGAAAAAGAAAAUCAAGACUGACAAGGAAAAUCUAAGGUCCAUUUUUGAGAGAGCCUCCAAAUCCCCUGGCAAGGACAGGAGUCCCACAGAGGCUAAUACGGAGGUCACGUCUCCAGCUGACAGCGAGGACCGGACUCCAGGUCGUCUGCAGGCUGUGUGGCCUCCACCCAAAACCAAGGAUGAAGAAGAGAAGGUGGGGCUCAAGUACACCGAGGCAGAGCACCAGGCUGCCCUCUUGCAGCUGAAGAGAGAGUGCAAAGAAGAGCUGGAGAGGAUGCAUUCUGACUUUGAGCUCCAGCUCUUCCAACUGCGAGGUGAGAAUGCGGUCUCAAUAUCACAUCUCGAAGGGAUUAUUGCCAAGAUGCAGAGAGACAGAGGGUAUAAUGCGGGCCAGGAGCGUGGCGAGGUCCGCGACGUUGCUGUGUCCACGGCAGAUGACCCGAUCGGCAAGAUGUUCCGCAACGUGAGCAUCCAGACGGACAGGGAGACCUUCAUCAAGAGCCCAGAGGGUACCCAGAGCCCCAGCCAGAACAUACCCAAAAAACUCAACCUGGACUCUAUCGGACUAAAUCUAAACGCUGGAACGGCCCCGGGGCCUCCUGGACCACCACCUCCACCUCCACCUCCUCCCCCUCCUCCCCCUCUCCCACCAGGCCUCUCAGGACCUCCACCACCACCGCCUCCUCCUCCACCUCCUCCCCCUAUGCCAGGCAGCAUGGGAGCCCCGCCACCGCCCCCACCACCCCCACCUCUCCCUGGUGGCGGUCCGCCACCCCCACCGCCUCCGCCUCCCCCUCCUGGCCUACCUGGAGCUGGUCCACCUCCUCCUCCCCCUCCUCCAGGCGGUGGCCUGCCACCUCCUCCCCCUAUGGGGGGCUUCAGUCUAGGCCAGCAGGAGAAGGCCCCACGGAAACCUGCCAUUGAGCCGGCCUGUCCCAUGAAGCCUCUGUACUGGAGCAGGAUACAGAUACAGGACAAUAACAACAACACACUCUGGGGUUCUUUGGAGGAACCAAACAUCACCAACACCAAUGAGUUUGAGGAUCUUUUCUCCAAGGCCACGCUGCAGCCGAAGAAGAAGCCCCUGUCGGACACCUACGAGAAAAAGGCCAAAACUAAGAAGCUCAUCAAGCUCCUGGAUGGAAAGCGUUCGCAAGCAGUUGGCAUCCUCAUAUCAAGCCUGCACCUGGAGAUGAAGGACAUCCAGCACGCUGUUCUCACUGUGGACAACUCUGUGGUGGAUUUGGAGACCAUCGAGGCUUUAUAUGAAAAUAGAGCCACCAGCGAUGAGAUGGAAAAGAUAAUGAGGCACUUUGAGAAGGCGAAAGAAGAUGAAGUCAAACUGCUGGACAAACCUGAACAGUUUCUCUAUGAGCUCUCCCAGAUUCCCGACUUUGUGGGCCGAGCCCAGUGCAUCAUCUUUCAGUCGGUGUUCCUCGAUACCAUCUCCUCCAUCCGUCGCAAGGUGGACAUCAUCUCGAAUGUCUGCAAAGAUCUCUUGGAGUGUAAACGUUUGCGGGAUAUUUUGGGUCUUAUUCUGGCCUUUGGGAACUACAUGAACGGAGGGAACAGGACAAGAGGUCAGGCGGACGGCUUUGGGCUGGAGAUCCUCCCGAAACUAAAGGACGUCAAGAGCAGGGAGAAUCACAUGAAUCUGGUGGAUUAUGUCGUUUUAUACUACCUGCGUAAUUUUGACAAGCACGCCGGAACAGAUAAGAGUGUGUUCCCUCUGCCAGAGCCUCAGGAUUUCUUCCAGGCUGCUCAGGUGAAGUUUGACGACCUCACCAAGGACAUCAGGAAGCUGAAGAGAGACCUGACAGCUCGAGAAAAAGACGUGCAGAAGGUGUGUGCCAACUCGUCGGAGGACAACCUGCAGCCCUUUAAGGAGAAGAUGGAGAGAUUUCUCACCUCUGCUCAAACGGAGCACUCGUCUGAAGAGGACCGACUCAAUGCAGCACAGAAAAGUUUCCAGGACAUGGUGAGUUACUUUGGGGUGAAGCCAAAGUCCGGGGAGAAAGAAGUGGCGCCGAAUUACGUUUUCAUGCUCUGGUACGAGUUCUGCAACGACUUCAAGAACACCUGGAUAAAACAGAGCAAGAACAUCUCCAAGGAGAGGUUGAAGGAAGCUCAAGAAAACAUCAAGAAGAUCACAGCGGAGAAGAGAGUCGAAACCAAGAAGAUCAACGCCAACAGUCUGAAAGAGAGGCUGCGGCAGAAGGAAGCUGGCGUGCCAUCCAGUUGAGCGAAAUGGCGCAGCGGAAGAAGAAACGAGUGGUGGAGAUCAGAACAUGUGCAGGCUUCAUCUCUCCUGCAGUUUUCCACCUGCCUCAACAACAACAACAAACCUCCCUUUUUCCCGUAUGGACUCACAAUGAAAACCUCUUACUACCCGUACUGCCGUAUCUCUGCCCUACUAUAACAGUACUAGACACCCACCCCCAGCCCCCCCAUCUCCCACCCCCACCUCUACGCUCCACCACCCUCACAUCGAGCUCCGUCUGUCUGCUGAACAGAUAAGAAGCCGGGCCUGCAGCGAGGGAUGCAUGGCUGACACAGCCCCAAGUGAUGAGAGUCUUAAAGGCCAAAGGUCGAUCUCAUUCAUCCAGCGCGGCGUGACCUCUGAGCGCCCGGCUUGUGAAAGGUCUCAAGGGGUCAGCGGGAGUGCCAGCUGACACGUCCACCAAUGGUUCCUUGUGAGGAGCCAUUUUCUUUUCUGGACUGUAGACGUUACAUCAGACAGCAGAAUGAUGAAGCUCCUACAUAUCCUAAGUGUUAAGAUGUAUCAGAUAGAGCUGCCUGAGGGGAAAAUGCCUCUCUCUCUCUGUGGAAACAGUGUAAAAGAAAAAAAAAAAAAAAAAAGCAGUUCCCAGUGUCUGUUUUGCUGUAGCGAGUAGCUUUUCAUUCACCACGGCUCCUUAAGAGUCUUGUAAAUAUGUCAUGUUGUGGAAUCGGCAGGGAAGCGUGCGUUAUGCGGUGAUAUGCGCUGAUGAAGACGCGGCGUUGGGUCUAAAAACGUGUGUGGAGGUUUCCACUGUAUCGUGUAGCACUGCACCAGGCUGACCUCUCCUGGGUGACGGCCAGAGAAGAGAAGAAGCUGGCAGCGAGCCUCGGGCCCCCAAACACACACACACACACACACACACACACACACACACACACGUAAAAACAAGUUUUAAACCCAACAUAUUAAACGUACGUCAUGAAAACGUAAUCUUCCGUCGAGCGCUGUGCAUCACAUUAUGUCCGGCACACGUUUAAGCACUUUAGCUGUACGUCGCUAUAAGUCGCACUUCCAUGUUUAUGCUAGCCGCGUGCUUUAUUUCGGAUUGUCUUGCACUUUUUUGCACCUCUUUCCCUAUGCAAGCAUAUGGUUUCCUUGUUAAACAGAUCAAAUGAAUUGUAUUGUGAGAUGAUGAAAUGCUAUUAGGGUUUUGUGUUUAUUUUAUUUCUAAAAAGGUGAAUUGCGCUCAUAUUUCUUUUUUGCAAAUGUAAGAUUUAAACACACGCCUGUAAGAUUCAAGAAUCGUCUAUUUAUGUAAGGAGAAAUGUAUUUUAUGCCAAAAGAAAAUCAUCAGCUUUGUUCCCCUCAAGGCUGUAUUUUUUAUGAGUUGUAAUUGAAGCUGCCUGAUCAAUGAAUGAUAUAUUUUCACACGGAUGUUACAUGUAUGUUGUGCUCACCGAUUUACAGAAAAUGGAGGAAUCUGCACCGAACGAUGACCUUUGUGCGUGUUAUUUUUGGAGAGGGUCAAAAUGUUUGAGCAUAUCAUCUGAAGCCAUGCAAGUCGUUGUACCUCAGACAGACUUCCAGUAUCAGACUAUCCGUAAAUCUGCACCUUGAAUUACUUUUAUACCCUCCGAAGUCUCGUGCCAUUUAUUUUCUAUAAAGAAAUAGAUAUUUCAUAACUUUAAAAUGCUUUGUUUCACUUCAGAGGGUUUGAAAACCACAAACAAAGAUGAAAUGAGCUCAAGGAACUGCUGUAGCCUCUACCUAUAUAUAUGUAUGUAUGUAUGUAUAUCGGUUCAUGUAACCUUCAGUAGCUCUCAUGUAGGUGCUCUGUAAUUUUAUGGAAUUGUUUUAAAUUUCAAGAAUAAACAACUGGAUGCCCAA